UGAGGAGGAGGAGAACGAGGGGGAGGCGGAGGGAGGAGGAGGAGGCCCCGUCGCGGCCUUCGCCGCCGCCAACGGGGCUGUCCCUGUAGCUCCCGAUGGAGUUUGAGGCUGUGAAACCGCCGCCGAGCUCUGCCCCGGCGAGACGAGGCGCCUCCGUCGCCAAGCCGCGCCGUCGCGGGGCUCCCGGGAGCGGCCCUUAGCGACCCCGCCCGGGCCCCCUCAGCUUACAAAACACUACACAGCAAAAUAAUGAUCUGCUAGACUGCUAACCCGAGCAUCCAGCUUCCACAAUGCCUGUGCAGGCAGCUCAGUGGACAGAAUUUCUGUCCUGUCCAAUCUGCUAUAAUGAAUUUGAUGAGAAUGUGCACAAACCCAUCAGUUUAGGUUGUUCACACACUGUUUGCAAGACCUGCUUGAAUAAACUUCACCGAAAAGCUUGUCCUUUUGACCAGACUGCUAUCAACACAGACAUUGAUGUACUUCCAGUUAACUUCGCACUUCUCCAGUUAGUUGGAGCCCAGGUACCAGAUCAUCAGUCAAUAAAAUUAAGUAAUUUAGGUGAGAAUAAACACUAUGAAGUUGCAAAGAAAUGUGUUGAGGAUUUGGCACUCUACUUAAAACCUCUAAGUGGAGGUAAAGGUGUAGCUAGUUUGAACCAGAGUGCACUGAGUCGUCCAAUGCAAAGGAAACUAGUGACACUUGUAAACUGUCAACUGGUGGAGGAAGAAGGUCGUGUCAGAGCCAUGCGAGCAGCCCGUUCACUUGGAGAAAGAACUGUAACAGAACUGAUAUUACAGCACCAGAACCCUCAGCAAUUGUCUGCCAAUCUAUGGGCUGCUGUCAGGGCUCGAGGAUGCCAGUUUCUAGGGCCAGCUAUGCAAGAAGAGGCCUUAAAGUUGGUGUUGCUGGCAUUAGAAGAUGGUUCUGCCCUCUCAAGGAAAGUUCUGGUACUUUUUGUUGUGCAAAGACUAGAACCAAGAUUUCCUCAGGCAUCAAAGACAAGUAUUGGUCAUGUUGUACAACUACUGUAUCGAGCUUCUUGUUUCAAGGUUACCAAAAGGGAUGAAGACUCUUCCCUGAUGCAACUAAAGGAGGAAUUUCGGAGCUAUGAGGCGCUACGCAGAGAACAUGAUGCCCAAAUUGUUCAUAUUGCUAUGGAAGCAGGCCUUCGUAUUUCACCUGAGCAGUGGUCCUCACUUCUCUAUGGUGACUUGGCUCAUAAAUCACACAUGCAGUCUAUUAUUGAUAAGCUUCAGUCUCCAGAAUCAUUUGCAAAGAGUGUCCAGGAAUUGACAAUUGUUUUGCAACGAACAGGUGACCCAGCUAACUUAAAUAGGUUGCGGCCUCAUUUAGAGCUUCUUGCCAACAUAGACCCUAAUCCAGAUGCUGUUUCACCAACUUGGGAGCAGCUAGAAAAUGCAAUGGUAGCUGUUAAAACAGUGGUUCAUGGCCUUGUGGACUUCAUACAAAAUUAUAGUAGAAAAGGCCAUGAGACACCUCAGCCUCAGCCAAACAGCAAAUACAAGACUAGUAUGUGCCGAGAUUUGCGACAGCAAGGGGGGUGUCCCCGAGGAACAAAUUGUACAUUUGCCCAUUCUCAGGAAGAGCUUGAAAAGUAUCGACUAAGGAACAAAAAGAUCAAUGCAACUGUAAGAACGUUUCCUCUUCUGAAUAAAGUUGGUGUAAACAACACUGUCACAACCACAGCCGGGAAUGUCAUUUCUGUCAUAGGAAGUACUGAAACAUCCGGAAAAAUUCCAAGUUCAAAUGGAAUUUCAAAUGUAGAAAACAGUGUUUCCCAGCUAAUCCCACGUAGUACUGACAGUACAUUAAGAGCUCUGGAAACUGUGAAGAAAGUGGGGAAGGUUGGCACUAAUGGUCAGAAUGCUACUGGGCCCUCUGCAGAGUCUGUAACUGAAAAUAAAAUUGGUUCUCCACCCAAGACUCCUGUAAGUAACAUAGCAGCUACCUCAGCUGGGCCCUCUAAUGUUGGAACAGAGCUGAAUUCUGGACCUCCAAAAUCCAGCCCAUUUCUAACUAGAGUACCAGUAUAUCCUCAGCAUUCUGAAAACAUUCAGUAUUUUCAAGAUCCAAGGACUCAGAUACCCUUUGAGGUCCCACAGUACCCACAGGCAGGAUACUAUCCACCACCUCCAACAGUACCAGCUGGUGUGGCUCCCUGUGUUCCUCGCUUUGUGAGGUCCAAUAAUGUUCCAGAGUCCUCCCUCCCACCUGCUUCCAUGCCAUAUGCUGAUCAUUACAGUACAUUUUCCCCUCGAGAUCGAAUGAAUUCUUCUCCCUACCAACCUCCUCCUCCGCAGCAGUAUGGGCCAGUUCCUCCAGUACCUUCUGGAAUGUAUGCUCCCGUGUACGAUAGCAGGCGCAUCUGGCGCCCAGCUAUGUACCAACGAGAUGACAUUAUUAGAAGCAAUUCUUUACCUCCAAUGGAUGUGAUGCACUCAUCUGUCUAUCAGACAUCUUUGCGGGAAAGAUAUAACUCAUUAGAUGGAUAUUAUUCAGUGGCUUGUCAGCCACCAAGUGAGCCCAGGACAACUGUGCCUUUACCAAGGGAACCUUGUGGUCAUUUGAAGACCAGUUGUGAGGAGCAGAUAAGAAGAAAGCCAGAUCAGUGGGCACAAUACCACACUCAGAAAGCACCUGUCUCUUCAACGCUUCCUGUGGCAACACAGUCACCAACACCACCUUCUCCUCUAUUCAGUGUAGACUUUCGCACAGAUUUCUCUGAGAGUAUGAGUGGUACAAAAUUUGAAGAAGAUCAUCUUUCCCAUUAUUCUCCCUGGUCUUGUGGCACUAUAGGCUCCUGUAUAAAUGCCAUCGAUUCAGAGCCCAAAGAUGUAAUUGCUAAUUCAAAUGCUGUGUUAAUGGACUUGGACAGUGAAGAUGUUAAAAGACGAGUACAUUUAUUUGAAACUCAGAGAAGGACAAAAGAAGAAGACCCAAUAAUUCCCUUUAGUGAUGGACCCAUCAUCUCAAAAUGGGGUGCAAUUUCCCGAUCUUCCCGUACAGGUUACCAUACUACGGAUCCUGUCCAGGCAACUGCUUCCCAAGGAAGUGCAACUAAGCCUAUUAGCGUAUCAGAUUAUGUCCCUUAUGUCAAUGCUGUUGAUUCAAGGUGGAGUUCAUAUGGCAAUGAGGCCACAUCAGCACACUAUAUUGAACGAGACAGAUUCAUUGUUACUGAUUUAUCUGGUCAUAGAAAGCAUUCCAGUACUGGAGACCUUUUGAGCAUUGAACUUCAGCAGGCCAAGAGUAACUCAUUACUUCUUCAGAGGGAGGCUAAUGCUUUGGCUAUGCAACAGAAGUGGAAUUCCCUGGAUGAAGGCCGUCAUCUUACCUUGAAUCUUCUAAGCAAGGAAAUGGAACUGAGAAAUGGAGAGAGUGAUUAUACAGAAGAUGCAGCAGAUACUAAGCCUGAUAGGGAUAUUGAAUUAGAACUUUCAGCACUUGAUACUGAUGAACCUGAUGGACAAAGUGAACAAAUUGAAGAGAUCCUGGACAUACAACUUGGCAUCAGUUCUCAAAACGAUCAGUUGCUUAAUGGAACAGCAGUGGAAAAUGGGCAUCCAGUCCAGCAGCACCAGAAGGAGUCACUGAAGCAGAAGAGACAGAGUUUAGGUGAAGACCAUGUGAUUCUGGAGGAACAAAAAACAAUUCUGCCGGUAACUUCUUGCUUUAGUCAGCCACUCCCAGUGUCUAUUAGCAAUGCAAGUUGCCUCCCCAUCACCACAUCUGUCAGUGUUGGCAAUCUCAUGCUGAAAACUCAUGUUAUGUCCGAAGAUAAAAGUGACUUUUUAAAACCUGUUGCAAAUGGGAAGAUGGUUAACAGCUGAAAGGAGGUUCAUCUUUCAAAUUUGUGACCACACCAUGGAAGCAUUUACACUAGCUUUUUAUAUAUAUAAUAUAUAUUAUAUAAUGUAUAUUUUUUUUAAAAAAAGAUAUUACUGGGGGCAUCCAUUUCCUGUGGACUCUUUGAUACUUCAAGCCCUCUUGCAUUAGCAUUAUGAAAAAAAAUUACUUUACUAGGGUAACACGUUCACUUUCCACAAGUGAUUGGAAUUUGGACAACAUUUAACUUAAGCUUCAAGCAGCUUUUUAUGAGUUUGUAGCAAUCCGGUGCAGUAACUGAGCCAUUUCCUAUUUUAAAUGGCUUCUCUAGAAAAUUAACAACUCAGUUAUUAAACUAGCAGGAUCCUACAAUGAUACAUCUAGUGAAAGUAGACUUAAUUAACUUAUUUAUUUCUAUUUUAUGUUUCACUGAGAGAAAUUUCCAUCUCAUUCCAGCUGCUUUAUUUAUCUUUUUCAUGGACUUUGCAUGGAUUUCUUUCCCCUUUUUUUAUUUUUAUUUUUUUAAUUUUUUUUUUAAUUUUGAGGAGUGGAUUUAGACAUUCUUACCAUAAAAUUUUACAGGGUUAUAUCUUAGCUUUCUUUACUGCAUUAUAUGUAGGAGUGUGGUGCAGUGCUUUUAUCUGUAGCAUUUUUUUUUAAUUUUACAUUUUUCAAGAAUAGUUUCUGCUUUGUUAAUAUUUAUACACAGGCUACUUGUUGAAGUAAUUAAUUAAAAAUAUAACCAAGUGCCUAAGUCUUUCAGCUGAUGUACUAGAUAUUAAAUUCUCCUAAGUUAUGCAGAAUCGUUUUUACAAUUUUGAUAAAUUAUGCACUAAUGUAAUGGCAGUUUUUUAAAAUGCAGAUUUAAGCCUGUACAUUAUUGAAUCUGAUGACUUGGCAAAAGAAUCAGGUGCUUUCAGCUUUCUUGAGAAAACCCUGUAUGUAGCGUUUGCACUGACUAACAAGAUGGUAUUUCUGGGUUCUUAAUUUAAACUAAUUAAUUUGGAUGUUCAUUGCAUUAUCUUAGUUAAGUAUUGUUUAUUGUUACUUUAUGUUAGGGUUAAUUUUCCUUGUUUUCUGAUUGUUAGAUUGAUAAGAAUAUGAACCAUGUAAUAGCAGAACAUUGGCUAACAUUUACUCAUACUUAAAAACAUGAAUAAUAUCUGCCCUGCCAUAAUGUGACUGAAAUUGUUUUCAUUGGCAUCUGAAAGUAUGCAGUAUGUUCAACUAGCCAUGCCUCAGAUUUGUGGGAGGUAUUUUAUUGAAACCCAAUUUUCAGUCAACAUUUGAAAACAAAAGCGGGGCAUUCCUUCCUGGUGAUCUUUCCUGUUGUUUGUCUUUUUCCUUUUUCCUCCAUUUCUUUAAGAUUAGUUUGACUUUUGUUAUUAUUUUUUAAUUAACUUCUGUGAAGUUGUUUACUGAAAAUUGUACUGGAAUAUUUUAAGCCAAGCUGAUCUUUCACCAGGUGUACUGUAUGUAAGGGCUUUUCCUGCUAGCAAGAUGCUUAAACAGGAUCAUGUUAUUGGUCGUCUGAGCUAUUUAGUUAUUUUACAAAACCACAGCAUUGUAUCAGAUAAGAUUUUGAUAAAAGUUUUGUGCACAUUUCCAGGGGUGGGAGGGUUGACAUUUCCCUGAAAUCUCUUGAUCAGAAUGAGUAAAUACUGGUGUUUGAUACCUGUCUUAAUGAACAUGCUCAUAAGGUGACUGAUAAGUUGUAAAUAUACCUGAGAAACAAAGGGUAGUUUUGAUAUUCUGGUGUCAGUAUGGAAGAUCUUACACAUUUAUUUAAUACUCACAUGUAUGAAGAUGUUUGUUUGUAGCAUAACAACACAGUAGCCUUGACUUAGUUUUCUUUGGUUAGUACUGUACCUUUUUUUGCCAUGGCCAGUGCUCCCCAUCCCUACAAAGACGUUUUAUUUAUUUCACUCUGUAACCUGAAAUGAAUAGGAACAAGAGUUUUAAACCAUGUUACAUUAACUUAUUUCUGACAUUAUAAAUUAGCCUAGGAUAUUACAGGAACAUGAUUAUUAUAUAAUUUAUAUCAAAUCCUUUCUAUAAAUAUGCGCUUACAUUUGAAAUGCUUCCAGUGUACUUUAUUUGCAGUUCCAAAAAGGAUAUGCAAACCAGUUUGUCUAUUUCAUGGAUAUUUAAUAGUGAGAUCUUCCAUGUUGAAGGUAAUGUAUUUUUUUUUAAGAUUUUAAAAUUGCUAUUUUGUUACAAAAUAGAGACCUAUUACAGUUUGAGAGCUCCUUAUGUGCCCUCAGGGAAAGAACCCUCUGUGCAACAGAACUACACAAAACAUCUUCAGCACGGUCUGAGGGUGAAUAUAUACUACAUAAAUUGAUCUUGUGUAUUUAACCUUAUCUUUUAAUUUUAAAAUUGAAAUUUUGAAACUUGGUUGUGCUCUGCUGGAGGGGGUUGGGAUAAACUGCUUAGGUGUUUGCCUACUUGUCCAGUAAAUUGCAUUUGCAUCAAUGUAUGUAAAUACCUGCCAACCUUAUUGGUAUGUCUCAAAAAAUUUAUAUUAAAAUAAUGCUUGUCUUGCAGCAGGUGAUCCCAUAAGACAAUAACUAUUGUUAAAUUCUUACUCUCUUUCUCACUAACAACAUAGGAAUUGUUUCUGUAUUGAGAUUUUUCUGUAUUGCAUCUUUGUCUAUGUAGUGACCACCUUUUGUCUGUCAUGAUGGGUUUAAUGUGAAGUAAAGCCAUUGGCUCUCAGCCACUUUAGAAGAAAGAGCAGUUUAAUCUGAUCUUUCUUCAAAAUGGUACCUACUGAUGUCACAAAAGAAAAUAGUACAAAUCAGACUUAGAAUGUGCUUUUUAGAAUUGAGGGCAAUUUUCAUUUUGACCCUUUACCAACACAUUGUGAUGUACACACGCUUGGAAUCAAAGGCUAGAGAGCAAUAGAAGAAGAAAUUUGGAAUUUGUUAAUUAAUAUGCAUGUUACCUAUGGUCUCAUCAGGAAAAAGUAGUCUGAGAUCUGGAAAGCAGGAAAGUGGUAGGUUUUUUUUUUUGUUGGUUUUUUUCCUCAGUUUUUUUUUUGUUUUUUUCAAUUUCUAAGUCCCGUUCCUAAAUCCAUGUGCCUCAUUCAGAUGCUAUAAAUGUAGCAUCAAUAAAUUGUCUUUUGUGAACUCAUUUAAUUCUAUGAAUUCUGAGAAAGUUACACACAUGUAUUUCUUCUAAUUGGUACCUGAACAAAAUCAGAUUCUCUUGCCUUUGCUGCUAUGACUUACUUUCAAUGCCAUGCAAUGCAACCGUGUUAUGCAUGAAAAGUUGUACACUAAUUUUCAAGAGAAGGUAGCUCAUUAGGCCAGUGACACUGAUUCUGCUACCUAUUCCCCUAGCUCUUUAGUAAGAGAAUAAUAAAUUAAUUCUCCCAUACUAGAACUGAAAUUGUCCAUUUGUAGGAUCUAGUCACUUUCACUCAGAUUUCAAGUUGAUAUUAAGUAUAUAAAGCACAUUCUGAUUUUAUAUACUGCCUUGAGAAAACUACAGAAUGCAAAGUGGUUUGUAGGAAUUUUAAAUGGGAUCAUUUAAACAUUUGAAAAAUUUGUUUUAAAAACUACCUUACUUUUGCAUUUUAGAUGUUAAAGCUCAUGUUGUCUUGUUCACCAUAGGUAUUUUAAAUGGGAUCAUUUAAACAUUUGAAAAAUCGUUUUUAAAGUCAUCUACCUUGCUUUUGCAUUUUAUAUGUUGUGUUGUUUACCAGGGGUGGAAUUUUUAACAAUUGAAUUCAGUAUGUGAUUUCAACUUUGAGUAUUUCUUCCCUAGCUUCUUUGAGUCAUUUUCUAAGCAGACUGUCACUAGUAUUGGUAACUAAUCAUUAAAGGGAAGAGUUGCCUUGCAACUAUGAAUUAGUUUCCUGGAAGAAAUUUUCUUGUGUUUUAGUGAAUGAAGAGUGUUGAUGGGAUUACUUACUGUAACUCCUUCUACAUAAGGACCCCUUUUGCAAGCAGAACACAAAUGAACAUGCUCAAGGAGUAUCCCAUUUUCUGGAUAAAUUGAGUAAGUUUGCUAGUAACUCCUUUAUACUAGCAGUUUCUUUGUAUCCCUUUGCUGGCAAAGGGAUGCAAAGAGUCAAAAUCACAGAUCAAACACCCCACAUUUGAGGGGAGACCUUAUUUUUACUCUUAAGAGCAGGUGUUCCCUUAAGUCCAAAACUGGCAAUUUUUUUUCUUUGUUUUUUUAAGAUAAGAAUUUAAAAAUAUCCCCAAACCAGUGGAAAACACACUGGCUGCACUUAGUACUGCCAAAAGCCAAGGUCAUUUGCACAUAUUCCAUCAAUCUGUCAAGAAUUAGGCCUCACUUUAAUAACCCAAGGCAUGGAAGUGCAUGCAUUCUCUUAGCUGGGCAAACAAUUAUACUGUAGUUGUGAUACAACACAUGUGGCUUUUAUUUGUACUGCACAUAUCCACUGUACAGCCACUUGGGAGUAUCGUGGUUAGCUUGCAGCAACCGCUGUCUGCAUUUAUACUGUUUAUUGCAUAUUCUUUUCCCUGGAAGUGAAAGAAAAAUGUUUUUCUUGUUGCAUUGAUUACACUUUAUAAAUUUGCUUAGCUGGAAGGUUUGGGAAAAGAGGCCUGUUUGUCAAUUGUACAACCGAUUGUGAAGCUCUAGUGUGAAUAUUUUUACGUCUGUAUUAGACAUUUUCUUUGCAAAUCUAUUGUUCGAUUGAAAUGUAAAUGAAAUUAAAGAUGGUGUACACCCAUCAUGUAAAAAGCAGGCACCAUCUCUAAGAUGGAUUUAAUGCUCAUUUUUAAGGCAUAUACUCAGCUUCUAUUUAAAACUAUAAUUUAAAAUAAUUCUGUACAAUGAAAUGGGGAAUAUAUAUGGGAAUAAAUUCUAUUCCAUUUAUUUCAAUUUGAAUUUCCAAAUUGUAAUGUUUCCCUUUGUGCUAUAGGAAUAGGAUUAAAUGGGGGAAGGCUAGGACUUAUAAGGGCCUGUAUAUGGGGGGCGGGCAGAGAUGGAACAAUGAGGGUUGUGAUGAUAGUGAAUAGCAAAGAGUGAAUUCUGUGUGUUUUUGCUGUAGCACUGAAGUGAAGAGAUGUUAGCUUUGGCUGUUCACAAAAUAGAGCAUCAUGAUUUUCAGUGUUUGAGAGAAAAUUGAUGGAAAAAGUUUGCAGUCCUUGACAUGUAUUUGCAUGCACAAAAUAAAAUUAUUUGUCCACCUUAAAA